UAAAUUCAGUAUGGCUUGCUCGGAUAUCUGCUAUACAAGUACAAGUGAAAAAAUCGAAACAUUGAUUAGCAAAAAGAACAACUAAUACAAUAAUUUGUUACAACUAUUUUAUAAAAAUUGUGUUAACGAAUUAAACAGAGACAAGGAAGAUAAAAAGUUUUCGUGGGCAAUUAUUAAAAAUAAUUCCGAAGAUAACACAUUUUUGGGUAAAUGAAAAGCAAGAGUAAAGAGAUUCAAUUUACUGACCUGUAAUUGCUAUAGAGGUACACCAACGUAUGCUGUAUGCGUUAGUUUGCGCGUAAUCGGGAAAGAGACGUUUCGCAUUGCUGUGGUCCCUACUGGAUAUGUCUAAGCAUUUGCAUCAAGAAGAUAAACAAUUGUUUACAUAGCCAUGGCUGCGACGAGAAAGCUGCAAGGAGAAAUUGACCGAUGUUUGAAAAAGGUCGCUGAAGGCGUUGAAACCUUUGAAGAUAUUUGGAAAAAAGUACAUAAUGCCACAAAUAGCAAUCAGAAGGAAAAAUAUGAGGCAGAUCUCAAAAAGGAAAUUAAAAAACUACAAAGGUUACGCGAUCAAAUAAAAUCAUGGAUUGCUUCGGCCGAAAUAAAGGAUAAAAGUUCAUUACUGGAAAAUAGAAGACUUAUUGAAACUCAAAUGGAACGUUUCAAAGUUGUCGAACGCGAAACAAAAACAAAAGCCUACUCGAAAGAGGGUUUGGGUGCUGCACAAAAAAUGGAUCCUGCUCAGCGUAUUAAGGACGAGGCCGGAAAUUGGUUGACAAGUUCUAUAAACUCAUUGCUAUUACAAAUCGAUCAGUAUGAAAGCGAAAUAGAAUCACUGUUAGCAGGCAAGAAAAAACGUCUGGAUCGAGAUAAACAAGAUCGAAUGGAUGAAUUGAGAUCCAAAGUAGAUCGUCAUAAAUUCCAUGUAACAAAAUUGGAAACAUUAUUACGACUCUUGGAUAAUGAUAAUGUGGAAGCGGAACAGGUCAAUAAGAUUAAAGAUGAUGUUGAGUAUUACAUUGAUUCGUCACAGGAACCCGACUUUGAGGAGAAUGAAUUCAUUUAUGACGAUAUUAUUGGAAUAGACGACGUUGAAUAUUCAGGUACAGGUGUCUCACUUGGUAUUCCAUCAUCAGCAACAACAGACAGUAAUAAUAGUAAUGAAACCAGCGGCUCACCAAGCAGUAUAACAUCCGGGGGCAGUCCCGUACAGUCGCCAUUGCCCACACAGCAGCAGCGCGAUCAACAGCAACAACAGGCCUCGAACACCAGCGGUAGUGGUGGCGGAUCGGCACAUCAACAAAUCAGUUUGAAUUAUUCAAGUGAUUCAACGGCAGCCGAUGGCACGGCGAAGGAUAAGCAUAAUAAAAAUGAGAGCAACAACAACAGCAAAACAAAGCAACCUGUUAAACCUACAGCUGUCCGGGCUAAUAAUAAAGCAAAUAUUGGGGCAUCAGAUGCUGCCACGAAUAAAAUCAUUAGUUCUACACCUAGUAAAAAUCCUCAUCAGCAGCAGCAACAACAACAACAUCACCCCACACAACAGCAACAACAACCGACGGCGGCAGCAGUGGUUGCCGCUUCUGUUGUUGGCAAUCACUCAACAUCAAAUGUAAAUACUGGCAGUGGAGCGACAACGUUAGCCGCAGCCGUAGCAGCAGCUGGCCACAAUCCAUCGGUACAACAUGCACCAGCGCCCACGUUACAAGGAAAUCCAACAUUAGCUUCUGUUGCGGCAGCAUCAACAAAUUCCAGCAAUGCAACGCAAAUCCAAGGCCAAUCUGUGAUUCAAGCAACACCGACAAUUGCAUUUUCCGCAGUUGCUAAACAUAAUACAUCACAUCUUGAAAAUGGUCCCUUGCUUAGUGGUGCAACAUAUGCAAUAGUUGGUAGUGCAGGACAACAACAGCAACAACAAUUAACAAAUCUCCAGGCAAAUUCCUCUCAUUUACAAAAUGCAGCCCAUAACACUUCCAAUAAUUCGGCAGUCGGUAGCAUUGCGAAUGUAGUGCAACAAGGACCAAAUUCAACAAAUGUUAAUAAUUUGGCAACAUCUGCCGCUAAUUGCAUUUCACCCAAUGGUAUGUCCGGUUUGCAGCAAGUUCUCAACGCACAGCAGCAAGUAUUGGGUUUGGCGGGAGCAAACAACAACGCAAGGGCUUCACCGGGACUGCUGUCACCGAAACACAUGAAUGGCUUACCUGUAUCAAAUGUUACAACUAAUUCGAAUCCUGUUGAUGCUAUUUCGUUGAAAACAAUGGCACAAGAAGCCAUUAAUCGAUCUGUGAUCGAUACAAAUAGCCUUUCCCAACAGCAAGCGGCUAAUAUGGAUAACAGACAACAGCAGCCUCAGCAGCCACAAGUUCUACAACAGCAUUUCUCUACAGAUACAACUGCCAAUUCACAUCAACAGCAGCAGCAACAACAAGGAAAUUCUGCGACAGUUCUUGCCGCAGCAGUGGCAGCAUCAACAAAUGGUCCCUCAUCAGUUGUUGGCAGUAACAGUGCGGGUGCUGGUAGUGGCGGCAACACAGUAGGACCAAUUGGUAGUAAUCUUAAUGCAUCGGCUUUAUCAAAUGCUGCCGGUCAGCAGCCCAUAGGCGCAGGUGCAUCAUCUGCAAAUAGUAAACAAUUAUCCCAACAACCUACAAAUGAAGCACACAUACCACCACUGCUUGGUGUAGCACCAUUGGGUCCCUCACCGCUGCAAAAGGAUCAUCAAUUACAAUUCCAAAUGAUGGAAGCAGCCUAUUAUCAUUUGCCAACGCCUAGCGACUCAGAAAAACUUACCACGUAUUUCCAUCGUACACCUGUGCAAACACCACCGCACUAUCCACAGCAACAACUUCCAAUUUAUGAUACUGUUGAAUUUUAUCAACGACUCUCGACAGAAACUCUAUUCUUUGUUUUCUACUACAUGGAAGGAUCAAAGGCUCAAUAUCUGGCAGCUAAAGCCUUGAAAAAGCAAAGCUGGCGUUUCCAUACAAAAUACAUGAUGUGGUUCCAACGACAUGAAGAACCCAAAAUUAUAAACGAUGAUUACGAACAAGGUACGUACAUCUAUUUCGACUAUGAAAAAUGGAGUCAACGAAAGAAGGAGGGAUUCACUUUUGAAUACAAGUACUUAGAAGAUAAAGAGUUAAAUUGAUUGUCUUGUAAAUGUUGAAGAAUUACACAUACAGUCAACCUAAAAAAAGAAGAUGAAGAUUAACAUCAACGUCAAUAACGAUUUCAAUGGAUCUUCAAAACCAUACCAACAGCAUCCAGCAAAAAGCAAACUCUGUUGCUUAUGAAAAAAAGUAAUUCAACAAAACCAACCAACUAAAACUCCCCAUGUAAAAAGAAACUGCUUAUACUUUAUUUGCAUUGUUUUUUUCUUUCUAUUGUUUAUUUCCUUUCUUUUUUUCUUAUUUGCUUUGAUUGUAACUGAGACUUUAAAUAUGAAAAGAUUAAAAACACACUUAAAAGAUAUUAUCAAAAAAA